AUGGGGAGCGCGCCCGGCCCGCCGGGCUCCUCCAAGGCGGCCCUCGCGGCGUCCGCUGGUUCCCAAGCGCCCUCAUUUUGUCGGGGGGGCGUCUUAGGAAGUGGCCACGAGCGGGAGAGGGAGGUGACUUGCAGGAGCACAGAAACACGCCGAGGGUGUGUGGCCUCCUCGUCGCAGCGAUGUGGCUUGAAGGCGGACAAUGUUGGCUACAGCCUGUUGAAGAAGGCGGGAUGGACUGAAGGCACUGGGCUGGGGCCCGAUGGACAGGGGCGGCAGGUGCCGGUGAAGGCAUGGGUCCAGAAAGGAAGGAGGGGCGUUGGAUGCCAGGAGCCGCAAGAUGUGGGACUGGACGAAGGCCCUCCAGGCGCCUCCAGAAGCGGCCAGGUGCCCAGAGAGGCAAAGGGAACGGCCUUGGGCCAUCAAACGCGUUUGUCUUGCGCAAAGAGAAAACGAGAAAAAGAGCAGCGCCGGGAGGAACUGAAGAGGCAACAAAGGGAGGAGCAGCACAGAAAGGCGACUGUACGCCGUGCCCUCUCGCACGCUUUCGAUGGUGGCACUGCAGAUGAUACCGACCACAACCCCCUGCUUAGAAGGAACCGGCUGUCAACCACGAAUCCUCUGCUGGACUGA